AUGGCCAAGGAAAAUUUCACAGUGGUCACAGAGUUCCUCCUUUUAGGACUGACAGAUCAUGCAGAAUUGAAAGUGUUUCUCUUUAUGCUUUUCUUGGUUAUAUAUGUCAUUUCAUUGAUUGGGAAUCUUGGAAUGAUUGUAUUAAUUCAAAUCACUCCCAAGCUUCACACUCCUAUGUACUUUUUCCUCAGUUGCCUGUCCUUUGUUGAUGCUUGCUAUUGUUCUGUUUUUGGACCAAAAAUGCUUGUCAAUUUCUUUGAAGAGAAGGCAACCAUAUCAUUCACUGCUUGUAUUGUGCAAUAUUUUCUAUUUGUGGUUCUUCUUACCACUGAAGGAUUUUUCCUAGCAGUGAUGGCAUAUGACCGAUAUGUGGCAAUUGCUAAUCCAUUGCUUUACAUGGUGGUCAUGACUAGGAGAGUGUGUGCCAUCCUGGUCAUUGGGUCAUGUAUAGGGGGAAUGAUUAAUUCCCUGACACACACAAUUGGUUUAGUCAGAUUAUCCUUCUGUGGGCCAAAUAUCAUUAGCCAUUUUUUCUGUGAUUUGCCCCCACUGCUGAAGCUUUCCUGCUCUGAUACUUCCAGAAAUGAAUUGCUGCUCCUGAUAUUCUCAGGAGUCAUUGCCAUAAUCACUUUCUUGACUGUAAUCAUCUCUUAUAUCUUUAUUGUUAUUGCCAUUCUCAGGAUCCACUCAGCAGCUGGGAGAUACAAAGCCUUUUCCACCUGUGCUUCCCACCUGACAGCUGUGACAUUGUUCUAUGGCUCCAUAAGUUUUAGCUACAUUCAACCAAGCUCCCAAUAUUCACUUGAACAAGAAAAAGUGGUUUCUGUGUUUUAUACAAUGGUAAUCCCAAUGCUUAAUCCAUUGAUUUAUAGCUUAAGAAAUAAGGAAGUUAAAGAUGCUAUGAAAAGGGCAGUAGAAUUGAAACCAUCUUUCUGUUAA